AUGGACAGUGGCAGAGAGUACACAGCGACCAUUGGGUCAUUACACGACUUUCCUCACCUCACGCAUCUGAGCAUCGGCAUCAUGCCACGUCUCGGAGAAUACGAUGGGUGGAAACCACCCUUUAGAUCAAAGGAACCGCCCUACCGACUUGAAAAACCAGCAACUUUUCGACUGGUAGAUAUGUUGCCGCCUUCUCUAGAGUAUCUAUGCUUGUAUGGGUAUGCGCGGGGUGAAAGUCUAGAUGUUGACGAGCAUAUUGAUGAGCUUUUGGCUAAGAGGGAUGAGAAGUUGCCGAACUUGAAGGUUGUUAAGGGUAUUGAUGAGCGUGUGAGGGAUAUAAAGGAUAUUCUUUAUGAUAUGGCCGUGGCGGAGGUUGAUGAGGAUGAACUUGAUGUGCGAGGGGAAGGAUUCGAGUCUGGAUGGAAGAAGGUGGAAGAGCCAAAGCAGAACUAA